AUGCCUUCGUUAAGGAUCGUGCUGGUGUUAUGGUGCUGUGUGCUUUGUAGCGCACCAGUGGCGUGGAGCUCUGUGAUAGACAACAAUUGGAAAGACAACCACGCUGAUCCUAGUGAGGAUCUGGAGACGACUCUUGAGGACGAAAUGGACAAUCAGGAGAAUAUUUUAACACAGCUGCUGGGGGAUUAUGACAAAGUCAAAACACUGUCAGAAGGACCAGACUGUCACUGCAAAUGUGUGGUGAAACCUCUAAGCAGAAGUGCCUGCAAGCGCAUCGAAGAGGGAAGUGCCAAAGCAGAAGAUUUUUACACUGUGGAGACAGUAACAUCAGGAUCCAACUGCAAGAAGUGUGCCUGUGUUGCCCCUCCAUCUGCUCUGAACCCCUGUGAGGGUGAUUUCAGAUUUAAAAAGCUUCAGGAGGCUGGGAAGGAUGACAUCAAGCUCUCAACUAUAAUGGAUUUAUUGGAAGGAGCCUUUUAUGGGAUGGAUUUGUUAAAGUUGCACUCUGUCACUACAAAACUCCUAGAGCGGGUUGAAAUCAUUGAAAAGUCUGUUUCAGGGAACCUCACAAAGGAGAGAGUCAGUCUGAAAGGUGUCUCUGGAGAGAAGAUUAAGGGAAAAGGGUCACGCGCUAACCAUCGUAUGGAGAAAAAGAAGCGUCUGAGUGACGUACAGCCCUCGCUCCAAAAAAAUAUGGCUGCAGCCUACACACACACUGAGAAGAAGUAUGAGGAGCGGUUUGUUGGGACCCAGAGCUCCAGCAGGCCUUUACUGAAGAGGAGCCAUUCUGAGGGCCAGGAGGUGGCCGAGGGGCCACAAAAGGCCAAAUCAGGGUCUAACGGUCUGGUCAUCAGAGGGGUGACGUAUUAUAAGUCCAAUACUGAGGAGAAUGGGGAGGAAGAACUUGCAGGAGCAGAUGAGGCUUUGAGUGGUGAUGGUUCAGUGGAUUUACUCAUUGAUGAUCAGCUGCCCAAACAGUCACCCAAGACCACCAGAGCAACAGCCUUUCUCACCACAGCAGCCCCAUCCACCCCAACUCUUUCAAAAGAGUCCUCGGAGCCAACAAGAGCCGAGGAGCAGGUUGAUCAGAAUGUAGCAACUACUGCAGAUAUGGUAGUUGUUACAAAUCAGAUAACAGAAGAGAACCAAAGCACCAUAAAGACACUCAUGCCUUCAACUACACAGGCAAGAGUCAUGACAACCACAACCACUGCUCAACCAGCAGCAACAAAUGGAGUUGCCAUCAGCACACCGCCUCCAACAGAGCCAAAACAGCCUCUCAAUCUAACAGCACCUCCAAGUCAGGAAACAAGUCAGUCAAAGGUUAAAUCCCGUCUUAACUGGGAUGAGGACACCACCGAAGCUGUCACAGGGGCACCAAAGAACUCUGGAGUAUGCAAAGACACUUUGGCCACAAUUGGGGAUCCAGUGACACACAACACUUACGGCCGAAAUGAAGGUGCCUGGAUGAAAGACCCUAAAGGCAAUGGCAACAUCAUUUACGUCACAAACUACUAUUACGGCAACAUCCUACUUGAAUUCCGUGACAUGGACACCUUCAAGCAAGGGCGUUCUUCCAACUCCUACAAACUUCCUUAUAACUGGAUUGGAACAGGCCAUGUGAUUUAUGGAGGGGCUUUCUACUACAACCGGGCCUUUUCUCGCGAUAUCAUCAAGUUCGAUCUCCGGUUGCGGUAUGUCGCUGCGUGGACCAUACUGCAUGACGCUGUGUUAGAGGAGGACACGCUUGGACAUUCAGACAUUGAUUUUGCUGUGGACGAAAGUGGACUGUGGAUGAUUUACCCAGCACUAGAUGAAGAGGGCUUUCACCAAGAGGUGAUCAUCCUGAGUAAACUAAAUCCAUCAGAUCUGCAGAAAGAAAACAGUUGGAGAACAGGAUUGAGGAGGCAUUACUAUGGGAACAGCUUUGUAAUCUGUGGUGUUCUCUACGCUGUGGACAACUCUGACCGUACACAUGCCAACAUUUCCUAUGCCUUUGAUACGCAUACGCACACCCAAAUGAUUCCCCUUCUGCCAUUCACAAACAAUUACACCUACACCACACAGAUUGACUACAACCCCAAAGAUCGCAUGUUGUACGCAUGGGACAAUGGUCAUCAAGUCACCUAUGAUGUGAUAUUUGCCUAUUAA